AUGACCCAUUCGUUGUUUGUCGUCACCGGGUCGAGGACCAUCGGACUUGACUGUGUCAAGAGCGAGGUGGAAGCACAUGGCAGCAAGCGGGUUGAUGAAUGCGAGGGUUGCGUUGCAGUAGCUGAUCUUCAGAUGUUAUUUCCCCCAAUUGACGACAACGGACCACAAGGGAUGAGGGACCAUGUGACCACGACAGACGAGCACAAAGCAAACGGACGACCACAGACCACGAUGUACUACGACGAUGCGAGGGCCACCGCCACGGACAACAAUGCACCAUCAAUGACCACGAAGGAUGAGCACAAAGCAAACAGACGACCAUGGACGACGACCACAGACCACGAUGUACCACGACAAUGCGAGGGCCACUGCCACGGACGACAAUGCACCACCAACGACCACACACAAUGGACAAUGGUGACCAUGACUAGAUGA